AUGUCGGCUGAGCUUGCCAGCGGGUCGGUGAACCCAGAGACGCUCUAUACCAAGCAGCAAUGCAUCGGUGGUGGUAGCUUCGGCAAAGUCUACAAAGGCAUCGAUCGACGUACUGGCAAAGUUGUGGCUAUCAAAAUCGUCGACAUGGAGAAUGCGGAAGAUGAGGUAGACGACAUCAUCACCGAGAUUGCCAUGCUCUCUGGCAUGAACUCUCAAUACGUCACGCAGUACUACGGUUCCUUCAUGGCCGGCUCCGAUCUCUGGAUCGUCAUGGAAUUCUGCUCUGGUGGCAGUUGUGCCGACCUGAUGAAGCCGGGUCCUCUUAGCGAAGGCGAGAUUGCUGUUAUCCUCAAGGAACUCCUUAACGGUCUUGUGUACCUCCACGAUGAUCACAAGCUCCAUCGCGACAUCAAAGCCGCAAACAUCCUCGUGAGCCACAAUGGUCAAGUUAAACUUGCUGACUUCGGCGUCUCCGGCCAGCUUUCUGCCACAAUGACCAAGAAGAACACCUUCGUCGGUACCCCGUUCUGGAUGGCGCCAGAGGUUAUUAAACAAUCGGGUUAUGACAGCAAAGCUGACAUCUGGUCAACUGGCAUCACCGCCUUGGAACUUGCUAUGAGGGAACCCCCAUACGCUGACAUCCAUCCUAUGAAGGUGUUGUUCCUGAUCCCAAAGAAUCCACCACCGACGCUUCAGGGCGAGUGGUCUCCGGCUUUCAAGGACUUCGUAAGCCAAUGCUUGAAGAAAGACCCCCGCGAGCGUCCAACCGCCAAGCAGCUACUAGAGCAUCCGUUCAUGCGCAAGGCUGGAAAGGCUGCUCGUCUCCAGCCAUUGAUCGCCCGAUAUCAGGAAUGGCAGCUACGCAACCCGAAGCAGGAGGAGUCGUCCGAUGAGACGACGCCACAGAAGCGAAAGCCUGUCAACGAGGACCUGUGGGAUUUUGGCACCGUGCGUCCGCUCAAAACCAAUUCCCGAGGUACCACUGCAUUGAGCCCUAUCACCGCCGCUGGCGCGAAUGCUCGUAACGUCUCCCCGCCAAGAAAGCCUGUUCCUGACAGCGGAGAUGAGAAUGUUAACGCCGACAUAGAUGACACUGUGCGCAUGAGUCCCCUGUCUCCUACCAAGCUUGCUGCGAACAUUCCAUUGCCCGUCUCCCCGGACAAGGCGAAGGAAGUUGUACCCUUGCUGCCAUCGAACCGUUACCAGCCAUCCUCACUGACAAAGAAGUCUGCGGUCCCAGCUCUGUUCUCCCCCGGCUCCCCUACCAAGGGCAUCUUGUCCACUCCACAAAGACCUUCCCCCCAACAGGGACGUCGCAUCACCCCCCUGGCCCGCGACUACGAUGACUACCUUCAGCGUUCGAUCGCGGCGGAUAUGGAGGCCAUGGAACUCAGCAUUAAUGCUGAACCGACCCCUACCCGUGCAUCCGUCCUCCCCCGUCUUAAUUUGGAUAUCCCGCCUUACAAGGCUAGAGGGAGCGGUGUGGUAGCGAACCCAGAGAGUUACUUGAACGAGAAGCCCCACGAUGACAAGGAGAAUAAAAACAAGGAGAAGAACGGGAUGACGGAAAAGAAGGAUAAGGCGUUGUUAGAUGGGGCUGAUACCAAUGGCAAGACGUCGAGUAAGCUCAUCAGUAGCACAGGUAGGAGAUCGAAGAAGGCCCUGCACAGUGACAAUAGCCCGGCUUCCCAGCCCGCUAUGGUUCAACUGCAGAAGCCUCUCCCUCCCCUUGGCCACAUACCCAUUGCCAGUGAGAGCACGCAGCUUCCACUGUCUGGUGUGGGACUCACUAUUGCGACGCUCGAGGGUCAAAAGCCGCUUCCUCCGUUUAGUCCGCCGAAUAGCAAGGUGUCGGUCUCACGUCCUGGAUCCUCCGCCACCAACAAACAGGCCAUAUUCGGAAGUUGGGCACCUCGUGGCAGCAAUCCCGGUUCGCCAGUCUGCACCUCACCGGCCAUGAACACCCCCGUCGACGUUCCAGAAUGGACGACGGGCUCUCCUCAGUCACCGACUGCCCCUACCGAGAUCACUGCACUGCAUGGUGUCGUUGUCCCUGCGUUGGAGGCUGCUGUUGCGCGACGAGCCCAUCAGAUCUCCGCCAAGAAUCGCGAGGAAAGCAAGAACGCCUUCAAAGACCCGACUGGAUUCCUGGAGCGCCGAAAGGAGAGGAACGAUGCCCACGAAAACGUCAAGAAGAUUGUCCGGCGCGUAAUCGAGGACCUCAAGAUGCUCGACCUCUGGGAUGCCAAGUCGCCCGUGGGCAUGGGCGGAGGCGUCACCAACUUCCUCGAGGGCUUCCUUGAGGAAGUCCUAGUCCGCGUGGAACCGUCGGAUGACUAG